AUUUUAUUGCCCAUUUUCCAUAUUGCGGGGUUCCUCGUCGCUUGGAUCGUCGCCGUAGAUACCUCGUCGUCUCUCUGUCUACCUCGACCAUCCGUAGCAGCAUGAGCACCUCUUCCUUGGCCUCGCAGCUCCAUGCGCUCCAGGUACAGACGACGAGCGCGUCGUCGCAGCGGACCGUCGCCUCGUUCCUGCACGAGCCCAAGGUCGCGGCCAAGAUCGAUGGCCGCACAACCUUUGAGCUGGCCAAGACCGGUAUGGAGACGCUGUGCAGCAUGGACGGGUCGUUGGACGUCUUCCAGCACACGCUGCUGCACCCGAACAAAGCACAUGCGCAGUACAGCCGGAUGCUGCUGACAAAAGAAGAGGUCGUCGCCCUCGACCUCGAACUCGGCUUGCUCCUCGACGCGCUCUCGCCGUACUUUCUUUUGCCGCCCACACAUCAAGUCAUCGAGUUUCUCGUGCGCAAGUACGAGAUCCACGUCUGGAACGUCGACCAGAUCCUCGCGAUGACCAUUUGCUACCACGAGUCGCCCGUCUUUGCGCGCCUCAUUACGAUCUGCGACUUGGCCAAGCACCCGCGCUGGGCGUUCCUCGAGCACGUCAAGACCAACAACGUCCCGCUCCUCCGCGCCAACUUGUCGAAGCGCUGCUUUGCCGACUAUAGCCUCGUGAGCUUUUUGCACACGGCCGCCGUGCGCAUUGGCGCGCGCAACGCCAAGCUCAUUGCGCUCUACGCGCUCGUGGCCAUGGAGAUCCUCGAGAAGAGCCGCGUGUCCGAGCACAUUCUGCGCUGGGUGCUGCCCAACAUUGUCGACGGCCUCAAGGACAAGUCGUUUCCGGAGCGGCAAACGGCCGCGUACAUGGUCGCGACCAAGCUCACGACGCACGCGACGCUGUCGCCCGCGGCGCGGCAGCAGCUUGUCAUUGUGAUUGCCAAGACGGCGCCGGCGCAUGCCCAGUUUGACGCGUUCCUCUGCCUCAUCGGCGUGCUCCAGUCGCAGCCGUUCGAGACGUUUCCGACCGACGCGCUCAAGCACAUUUUCAAGUUCGACGACAUUCCGCAGCUGCUCAUGGACGCCAUGGAAGCGUACGACACGACCAAGUUCCUCGGCCUCUUCCUCGAGGCAGUUGCCCUCGCGCACGCGCACGCGACCUCCGAGCAGCUCUUUCUCGAUGUGACCCAAGCGCUCGGGCAAAUUGUUGCGCCCUUUGUCGCGUCGCUCGUCCGGUCGAUGCUCUCGGCGGCCCACGCGACCCCGUCGGUCGCCGACCGCCUCCAGCGCUUGCUUCUCUUCCUCUCCAAGCGGUACCCGGAGCCGUUCGACGCUGGCCUGAAUGCAAUGCUGACGGAUGCGAGCCUCGACACCGAUCUGCAGUCGUUCUGCGUCAACUUUGUCUCGACGUCGUUCACGGGCACGGCUGCCGCCUUGCACGUGCCGCUCGCCGAAAGUGGUGUCUCGCUCCUCCUGUCCCUGGACCACCCGACCGUCUCGGUGCGACUGCACGCGCUCAGCGUGCUCGCAGACGUGGACGCGGCGGCGCUCGAAGAUCCGGACGUGCUCUUGCGCCGGCUCAACGAUGACGCGCCCAACGUCAUUGUCGCGGCACUUUCGCCGGCGGUCGCGUCGCUUUUGCUGCAGACUGCGUCGGCCAAUCAGCUCUUGGAGCAGAUUGCCGUGUCGCUCAACGCGCGUGCGUUCCACAGCGCGUUCGCGACGGCCAUGACUGCGCUUGUGACGUUUGUGACGGGUCCGUUCCGUGACACGCAUGGCUCGAUUCAUGACGCGACGAUUCUCGACAUGCUCCUCGCCUUUGCGCCGCAGUCGACGGUCCUCGCCACCAAGCCGGUGGUCGCGUGGAGCACCGUGGCGCCGCUUCUCGCGACGCUCUCGGUCGCGCCGUUCACCGACGGUCUCUCGACGGCGACGAAGGAUAUCGAUGUGCUCGGUCACUUUGGGUCGCAAACGACCUUGGCCGCGGCCUCGAUUGUGGAAGCGUGGGCUCUCCCGUCCGUGCACCGCCACACAGCGCUGCCGCUCCUUGUCAUGCGUAUUCUGAACGACGGUCGCCAGGCGACGACGCCGGAGCUUGCGACGCCGCUGCUGUCGCUCCUCACGACGACGUGGACGGGCCUGAACGCGUCGACGCCGAUCGAAUCGGUCGACCGGCCGCGGAUCGCCGAAAUGGUCGAAGUCAUUUGCAACCUCAUGCGCACGAGCUUCAAGAAGGACGCCUUGACGUACGACGCGGCGCUCGUCUUGCUCUUGUCGUCAACGUCGGCGUACUUUACGCUCGUGCAGCCCGUGCUCCACGCUGCGCUUGCGUCGGACGCGAGUCACUGGACCGACCUCUUCCACUCGCUCUGCCGCCUCGUGCACACGGACGCGCCGUCGCACGUCCUCACGCGCUCGGUCAUGCUGCUCUCGGUCAUGAUCGAGUGCACGCCGUCGAUGGUCUCGAUUGACGAUGUGCACCACGUGGUGCUGGCGCUUCUGGUCGCGCUGUCGCAUGCCCAUACGGCGCUCCGCAACGCCGCCGCGCAGUGCCUCAAGCCGCUGAGCAAGCUCUCGCUCACCGACAAGAAGGGCCGCGACGCGUUUGCCGUGUACACGCCGACGCUCACCGCCCUCCUCAAGGUCAAGGAAGAGCUCUCGAUGGAUGCGUCGUACGUGGCGACGUUUUGCAGCGCGCACGUCAGUAAGGACAAGGCGUUCCUCUCGCGUGUGCUGACGACCGCGCUCGUGCCGCAGGACGCGCUCUCGUCGACGCUGCUCCAGCGCGUCCGGAACGUUCUGCGCGUGCUCCACCUUGUGCAUUUGGACAGUGUCUGGACAACGACGAUUGGCUGGUUUACGUCGCUCCUCAAGACGAAUCUGACGCCGCUCACGGCCAGCAUUGGCGCCGACUUGCUCUCGCAUUACCUCCGCGCGCCGGCGAGCGCAACGUUCGAGGUCGUGCUUGCGACGGUCGCAUCGCCGUCGGCCGCGCCGCUGCACAGCCAUUUGGCGAAAACGAUGGAGGCCACGUGGUUCAGCGCGUUGCCGAUGGGGAAGCAGACGACGCUCGUGCAGGCGCUGGUCGUGCUGCUCCGCACGGGCGCGGACAGCACGCCGUCGGACGUGGCGUCGCUCCUUGUGCGCCUUUCACUGCCGGUGCGCAUCGUGACGGGCCUUCUCGCCGUCAAGUCGGAGCGUUCGUGGGUCGCGCAAACGACGUGCGUGCUCGAGGUCGUCAGCAAUUUGAUCGCCAACUACGCUGUCGACGAUCUUAACGCGCUUCUGUCGCCGCUGCAUGCCGUGCUCGCGCAGUUUGUGGCCGCCAAAGACGACGUGUCCGAGUACAGCGUCCAGAUGGUGCUCAGCGCGCUCCACGGCGUUGCGGUCGGGCUUCGUGGGCAUGCGUCGUCGACGACGCACGCCACGUCGUUCGUCGAGCUCACGCUGCGCGUCGUGCAGCACACGGUGUCGCAGCAGACGCGCAACGCCGCGCUCCUCUUUGUGUCGUCGCUCGUCGACUUGUGCCCGACGCACGUGCUCCAGUCGCUUGUGCCGAUUCUGACGUUCGCGUCGCAGCUGCAGCUCGACGAAUACUCGUUCCACGUGCUCCAGGAGAUUGUGACGCACGCCGUGCCGUACGUGCACACGGACGCCAGCGACAUUUCGACGCAGCAGUUCCUUGCGACCUUUGUCGCGGCCUACGAGACGCUCCCGAUUGGGCGCCGGACGACCUUGUUCAACGUGCUCUUGACGGCCCUUGGCGCCCACGACGACGACGCGGCUGCGAUUGCCGUCACGCUCUUGUUGCAGCAUGCGACCGACGUGCCGGCGCGGUCGGCGUUCUGCCACACCCUCUUGGAGGCGCUCGACGCCGACCUCCAGAUGCGUGCGCUCGUGUCGCUGCUCUCGAUCGCGGGCCAGCUCCAUGCGCACCUUGCGCCGCGCGCCAAUGACGAUGAAGACGACGAGGACGAGGACGACGAGGCUGACGUGGCUUUUGUCAUCGACCCCAAGUUGGCCAACGCGACGCUCGACCGCAUUGUGUCGUUUGUGCCGCGUCAUUUGGAGCGCAAGGGCCUGCACCACCAGCUGCUCGACAACAGCGACGUGGAAAAGUCGCUCCAGCACGCGUACUUGCUGCUCGCGCAAGGCAUCCUCCUCUUCCUUCGCCGUGUGACCAAGACCAAGGAAGCGCUGGCGGCCAAGAAGAACGACAUGGCCGACCGCUGGGACGCCAUCGCAGCGACUGCGCUCGAGGCCAUGAACAACCUCCAGCAGCUGCUCACGGCCCCCGGCUUUGUCGCCGUCAUUGGCGAGCUUCUGCAGCACGAAGACGGUGUCAUUCGCCGCCGCGCGCUGCAGCUGCUCAACGAGCGCAUUGAGGAAACGGAGGCGACGCUGACGUUUGAAGAAGAGCUCUUGUUUGUCGAUAUGCUCGACGACCUCUCGAGCGUCCUCGAAGACCCGUCGGCGCUUUUGACGGACAAGCAAAUGGCGAUUCUGAGCGUCGAUGUGCUCACGCGCUUUUUCGCGCACAAGCACGCGCAGCCAUUCCUGAACAUUCUCCCGACCGUCAUGGCGUGCUGCAAGCUGCCGCUUGAUGUGACGGCCAACGGCCACGUGAUCGGCUCGGCGUUUGUGUGCCUCUCGAACCUCUGCCACUCGCUCGGCCCGGCCGUCUUUCCGUUUGUGCCGCAGUUCUUCCCGACGCUGCUCACCUGUCUCGACGCCUCGACGUCGGCCAGCUCCGCCGAUGCGAGCUUGACGCUGACGCUGCAGCAGUGCCUCCUCGCGGCCAUGCGCGCGAUGACGACCAAGUUUCCCCAGUUCCUCGUGUCGUACUUGCCCAAGAUGCUCCAUUUGCUCUUUGUGCCGAGCCUCCUCAACGUGCACCACGUCCAGAUCCGCGCGUCGGUCGAUGCGACCAUCCUCGCGCUCGCCAACGGUAUCGAGCUCCGCAAUCUUUUGCCUGCGCUCAUGGAGCUCUACCCCGUGUGCUGCGGCCGCGGCGACGUCGCGCUGCUCCGUUUCUUUGAAAUGGUGACGGCGAUCGUCACGGGCAUGGACCGCGCGGCUGUCAAGGCCCACAUGGCCGGUCUCAUGCGCCUGUAUUUGGUGGCGUUGGACCUGCGCCGCUUGCACCCGACCAUUGGCGAACACGUCGAGGACCAGCUCAUUGGUGCGCUCCUUGCGCUCGUCAUGAAGCUCAGCGAGAAGCAGCUCAAGCCGCUGUUCCUCAAGCUCGUGUCGUGGGUCGACGUCGUUCUGCCCCACACGCAGGGCCCGUCGCACGCGCGCCAACUCGUCUUCUUCCGCGUCGUCUCGCAGCUUUCGGAGAAGCUCAAGAGCAUCUUUGUGCCGUACUUUGCGCACAUUUUGCCGCUCUGCGCGUCAAUUCUCUUGUCGGCGAUCGACGCCGGCGUGUCGAUGCUCGACGCCGAGAACACCGAUGGCUUUUUCGAACGCCCGUCCAAGAAGGCCAAGAAGGACGUGGUCGUUGUGGAUCAAUGGCCGCUCGCGGCGCACGUGGUGACGGCGCUCAUUGGCUGCUUCAGCCACGACACGGACGGCUUUAUGGACAAGGAGAAGUUUGAUGUCGUCAUGCCGCCGCUUGUCGAUCUGCUGGGUUUGGCCUCGCUCGAAGUCGCGCGCCCGGUGGUCGACGGCGCGGUCGUCGCGCUCGCGCACCUUGCGUGGGCCGCCAAGAACGAUCUGCUCUGGAAGCCGAUGCACCACCGCAUUUUGAUGAAGUCGCGCGCGGAGGAGCCGGCCGUGCGCCUCGCGACGCUCCAGACGAUCGAGCAGUGCUAUGCGAUUGUCGGCGAAGAGUUUUUGGCGAUGCUGCCCGAGAGCAUUCCAUUUUUGGCCGAGCUCCUCGAAGACCACGACGCCAACGUCGAAGCGCUCUGCCACAAGGUCAUUCGCCAGAUUGAAGACAUCUCGGGCGAGUCGCUCGACCAGUACCUCACCGCGUAAACGAUCGAUGCACGCGCACGUUAUUAUUAAUAGACCGCCACUAUACAUGUAUAUCUCCGCCAUA